AUGGAGACACUUUAGUGAAGGAAAGUAGGAGUCACGCGGAAAGUGUUUAAAAGAGUGGAAGAUUCCUCCUAUGUUACGCCAUUACCGAGUGUGCCAGCCUGUUUUCGAUAUACGCGCUCAGAGCAAUUAUAUUUCUUUGCAAACAAACCCUAGGUACCUACCUUCUAUGAUAUUUCAUUGUAAUGCCUAUAAAGUUCAUUCUGAAUUUGACCCAUUUCACUCAAUUGUUGAAGAUCUUUUCGAGUCUUGAGAAAAUUUUAGCAGAGCUGUGCAUUUCCAUGGCUGAAAUGGACAGGGGAGCUUGUGUACGAUCAUUUGAAACCCCCUCUCCAUCGACGGCCUCUCAUGACCGAUGUCGCGGCUGCCCUAAUCUAAACGGCCGUCGAUUAACGACGGUUCGAUGGCAGCGCUCUGACAGCAGCCGGGUGAAUGCUACAGAAGUUCUUGAUUUUGGAGAUGUGAAGAUUUUCCGGCCUGUGGAGUCCAAGUGGAAGCAGGUCAUUAGAAAGCUGAAGCGAUUUGUAGGUAAAGUCGGUAAGCGGGAGGAAAAUUGUGAGAAGGGAAUGAGAUUGGGCGCUGCUUCCUUGGUUGCGGCUUGUUCCCUGAAAAACACCAAACCACUGCCGAUUUCUUCUCCCAAACCCUCAAUUUGGCAGAGGAGAAGCUCGGCGCCAAUGCCUUCUCUGAAUGUACCUAAUUCGCGCUCAUCAAGAUCGAGAAAUGAAUGCCCAUAGUGUAAAAUAGUGAAAUCUUCUUGAUUAAAAAUUUGUAAUUUUCAGACAUGAUUAAAGGAGGCGACGAUAUUCGUUUUAAGAAGCUCGAGGGUUUCAAAUGUGUUCCUCGUCCAUUACUUUUGCUUGUGUUGCUCAGCAAUCUAGGCAUUUCUUGUGCCAACGCGACGAUGAUUCUCACUUCCCGCUCAAACACAAUACAUCAAAUUUGAGUACAUUCUGCGUUUCAGGGAGUUUUGUCUGGACAUCUGCAUUUAUUUGAACAUAUCUCUAUUGCAAUGCCCCAAAUAAUCUGCUAUUAUUGCAAUUUGUAAAAAAAAUUUAAAAAAUGUGAUGUCAAGAAUGAUGAUGCAGAUUUGAUUAUUUA